AAAACUUAAAACUUUUGGUCUGAUACGGUACUAUUUUACGCACCAGGCGGCAGCCAAACCAAACAGAGCUUCUCAUCACCGCCGGCUAAUCUCAGGUACACAAGUCAAAUACAACAGCGUCCCUUCAUACCCAUUUCUCUGUUCUGUGUGCAUGUGUAAUGGGUAGCCCAGAGGAAUCCAACAAACCCAUAUUCCUCUACGACUCCUCCUCCUCCUCCCCCACCCAUCCCCUCCUCUCCAAGCCUCCCUUGCCUUCUUCUCCUCCCGAUCCCGAUCCCGAUCCCGAACCGGACCCGAACCAGUUCCUCCAGAUCUCCUACAACUACGGUCCCAGGCCCUUCAAGGACCUCCCCUUCCUCUUUCUGUUGCUCCUCUUCGUCCUCUUAACCUUCGCCUUCGGCAUCUUCUCCAUCUUCCACCGCAAUACCUACUACUCCGACCUCUCUUCCUUCUCUUACGACUCCAAUUCCACCUCUUGUGCCGAAAGCUCACUCUCUGAGCUCUCGCCCGCCAGCUGGGUUCGCUUCUAUUCCUUUUCUUCUUCGAAUAUUUUGUACAGUUUGAUAUGGACCCUCGUGAUUACCUUCAUUUUGAGCAUACCCAUUUGCUUCCUUUUGCUUUUCUUACUCAAGAAUUACACCAAACAAAUCGUAUACGCGUCCCUUCCCUUCUUCAUUGUCAUUCCCAUCUUCUUCAAUGUCUACUGGUUCGUCGCAUGCAUCGUUAGCUCCUCUUGCAGCGACGCGUUCCCUUUGGUCUAUCGGAUUCUAGUCCUUGUCUUCGUGUUCCUGGUCAUCGGCGUGAUUGUCUGGAUCUUCGUGGUCAACUGGCACCGAAUCGAGCUUACCGUGAGCAUAAUUGGGGUAGCCUCGGACGCGUUGUUGAGGAAUUUGGGCUUGUUAGGAGUGCUUCCCUGUUUGACACUCGGCUUAGUGGUCUACUACGCGCCGAUCGUGGUGUUCUUAGUGUUUGCGAGGCAGAACGGGAAGAUUGUGCCCAGGGAAACCGACGGGGAGUAUACAUGCGUGUGGAAGCAAGAUGGCUGGGUGCCCGCGUACUAUGCGCUGGCGAUACUUACGAUGUUGUGGUCUGCGGCGGCAAUGGUGGAAGCUCAGGCUUAUGUGAUCAGUGGGACAAUUGCGCAGUGGUAUUUCUCCAAGGAGGAUGGGACUCCUCGGCGUAGUAUAAGAAGUUCUUUGAGAAAUGCAUUCGGCCCCUCCGCCGGCACAAUAUGCUUAUCUGGUCUACUUAUUUGUGUCGUGCGUAUGGUGCGUGCUACUGUUGAUACUGCAAGACGAGAGAACGCUCCAGGGAUAGUGAACCUAAUACUACGUUGCUGUGUCAAUGCUUUUCUGGCUGUCAUUGAUUUUCUUAACAAGUUUACCAUGAUCUUUGCGGCAAUAACUGGUGAAGCUUACUGCACAUCUGCAAGAAUGACAUAUGAGCUUCUGAAACGUAAUCUUCUCUCAGCUGUAUUUGUGGAGACCAUCUCCACACGACUAUUGGCUGGAAUUGUUUUUGUUCUCUCAGCUGUUUAUGCAAUUGUGGCCUGUGCUAUACUAAAGGCUGUGAGCAAUCUUGGAGCUGAUUCAUAUGUUGUGGCUGCCCUGGCAUGGGUCCUGCUGAUUGUGGUGCUGGGUCUCUUCAUUCAUGUGCUGGACAACGUGAUAGAUACGGUGUAUGUUUGUUAUGCCAUAGACAGAGACAGAGGAGAGGUUUAUAAACAGGAGGUUCAUGAGGUUUAUUUUCACCUGCCCAUUAGUAGAAACCAUAGACCAUCUGUUGCCUCCACAACUCAGGUUGUAUAAAUAAUCCUUGCAACUCAAAAAAUAACGUUUCGUUGUUGAUAAAUCAUUUGUUCCUUAAACUUGCCAGCCGGCAAUUUUGCAUACCCGUGAGUGUUGUUCUUGUACAAAUCUUGAGAUUUCUUCAAUAAAGAGGAAGAUUUUCUGGCUA